UUCAUCCCCCACUCCCCCCCGUCCGGCGCGCGGCUCCUCCGUCGACCCGCCGUAAGUAAACCUUCCGAUGGCCGCCGCCGCCGCCGCCGCCGCCUCCGCCACCGCCGCCAUCUCCGGUGCGUUACUCCCCCACGCCGUCGCAUGCCACCGCUUGCCGCCGCGGCCGCAGCUCCUCGCGGUGUCCUCCUCAUUCCGCCGCCUCUCCCUGACCGCCUCCCCUCGCCGGGCCAGCCGCCUGGUCCCUCGCGCGGACGCCAGCGCAGAAGCGGGAGAACCGGAGCCCGCCGCUGAGGCUGAGGCUGAGGCUGUUGCUGCCUCGACUGACGCUGAGGUGGAGGAGGGUGAGGCGGAGGCGGCUGUCGCGGUGGCGGAGGAAGAGCAGGAGGAAGAAGAUGAGCCUCCGCCGCCGAGCAAGCCCCCGGUUAAGUUCGGGGAGAUCAUUGGGAUUCUGAACAAACAGUUCAUUGAGGAGGCUGAAAAGGUGAAGACUUUACCAGAUCUUAGGCCUGGUGACAUCAUUGAGCUUAGAAUGCAACGGCCCAACAAGAGGAGAUUGUCGCUCUUUAAGGGCAUAAUUAUAGCAAAACACAAAUCUGGUGUUCACACCACAAUCCGUGUCAGAAGGAUUAUUGCUGGUGUCGGAGUUGAGAUUACCUUCCCUAUAUAUUCACCCAGGAUCAAGGAAAUUAAAGUAAUCAGGCACAAGAAAGUGAGAAGAGCAAAGUUAUAUUAUUUGAAGCACAAGCUUCCCCGCUUUUCAACUUUCAAGUAAAAAUUAGAUAUGCUGGCAGAAGAGCUUCUCUCACUAGCAUUGUUACUUUCUCUAGCAAAUGCUUUUUUAUUUUUUUGUUCAAACCUAUGCUUUUCACUGUAAUCACUAAAUUUCAAAUGUGUAAUAUCUACACCUUUUCUGUUUGGCAUAUAUUUUUGUCUUUCUGUGGAAAUGUACUUUCUUCGCUUUGUAUAAAGUUCCUACUAGCAUUUUGUUAUGAAUUUGUUGA